CGCUGCGCACAACAGUGCCAUUCAUCUCGGACCACGAUGGCCGCCACGCUCGUCGACCUUGUCGGCCCCACGCUCGUGCGCAACGGCGCGCCGCGCACCGACGUUGUCGUUGACCAAGUGGCGUACGAAGCGACGUACGAGUGGCGCCACGUGUGCGACAUGUGCGGCUCACAGAUCAUCGGCGCGCGCUACGCCUGCGACCAAGACGCCAACUACGACGUCUGCCGCGCCUGCCACGCCGCCGCGUCGACGCCCGAGCGCACGUUCACCGAGGCGCCGAUUCCCAGCAAGCCAGUGCCGCGCACGAAAGAGACGGUCGCGACGGCGAGUGCUCUGCAUGGCAAGACGGUCCUGCUCUACUUAGGCGCGCUCGCGUGCGAGUCGUGUCGCGCCUUCACGCCGUAUUUGGCCGACUACUACACGCGGCUCCAAUCGCAGCUCGCGCUUGAGAUUGUCUACGUGAGCGGUGACAGCGACGACGCGACAGCGCAUGACGCGUUCGACGCGAUGCCGUGGCUCGCUUUGCCCUUUCUCGACACAGCGCGGAAGGCGGCGCUCGCCCAGCGCUACCACGUCCACGGCACGCCGACACUCAUUGUUCUCGACCCCACUGGUGCGACGAUCAACGCCAAUGUGCAAGACAAGGUGUGGGUCGACCCGCAAGGGCUCAGCUUCCCGUACGCGCCCAAGACCCUCGAAGAAAUGCUUGGCACCGAUGUCGUCGACCAAGAUGGUCACACGGAAGCGCUGGAGCUCGAAUCGAUGCUGCACAAGACGCUCGUGCUCUACUUCGCCGCGGCCACGGCCAAAGCACCGACCGACGACUUUACGACGCACCUCGCAGCGACAUGCGCUGCCAACCGCCUCGUCGACGUCCUCUACGUCUCGGCAGACGACACCAGGGAAGAGUACGAUGCGAUGGUGGCGUCCAUGCCGUGGCGGGCACUGCCGUAUGACGUGGCGGCGUCAGCGUUGACCGAGCUCGCGGACGCGUUCAACGUUGAGAGUCUCCCAGCGGCGCUUGUGCUCGGACCUGGACCCGACCGCGCGCUCAUCAACAAGGACGCGAUCGGGGCCAUUGCGAGCGGAAGCUCGUUUCCGUGGCCAGCCCACAGCGUCGUGGACCUCCGCUUCGGACCGUCCGCCAACGGGUACGGGCUCAACAGCAAGCCGACGCUCGUGACGUUUUGCGAUAAGCUCGAGGCCGACGCGCUGGCAGCACACAAGGCCGAGAUGUCGGUCCUCGCCGCGGAAGCGCGUCCGCAUCAUGCGGCGUGCAGCGACCACGGCUGCAGUCACGACACGGACGGCCCAAGCAUGCUCUACUUUGUGAGCUCGACCACGGACGAUUGGCUUCGCGCCAAGGUCCACGACAUGGCCAAUCUGGAUGACGAUGCUUGUGAUCAGCCACAUGCGAUCCUCCUCGACAUGCACCAACGCCGCCUCCUUGUGCAUCAUGGUCUCGAUGGCGCAUCGCUCCGCGACGUGGUCGCCGCCUUUCACAAUCAUACUCUCGAGAUGCAGCCCAUGCAUCUCGACUAAGCGCACUGUAAGAUACACGAGCUAAAUGUACAGGCUGUCGAAUGCAAUGGGAGUUCCCGG